AUGUAAAGAGAUCAAAUUAAUUUCUCUUAUUUAAAGAGAUUGUUUCCAACUCUGGAGUAAAUUUUAUAUACAGGAAAGUUUACUAGUUUAAAUGAGUUUGAUAAAUGCACCUAAUUAUGGCAUUAGGCUGGAUUUUAAGGACCAUUCUUUUUAUUAAAAUUAACUGAUUAAAGUGUCUUUAUUAUACUAAAUUAAAACUCAAAAUAAGAUUUUAUUAGAAAUCUAAAAAAAGGAUUAAAGUUUGAAUUGAGCAAAAGCACUUUAUGGUUUUAUUUUAAUUUUCAAGAUGAAUAGUAAAAGAUUUUCAAUAUAUGGUUUUAAGAGUAGUAAGAUUUUGAGAAUUUUAAGAUUUGUUUAGAGAGAAUAGUAAAAUGAUAUUCAUGAUUUGUAUUAAUAUUCUCUUUCUAAUCUAUUUUAAAAAUAAAUUAUUGAUAUGUAGGUAGAAACAUCUGAAUAAUAAUUUGAGGAAAUAUACUAAAGUUUAUGCAAAGAUGAUAGAUUUUGUUUUGAUCUUCGUAUUUAAUUUGAAAAAAUAUUGAAGGUAGAGAUCGAUCGAUACCAGGCAUAUCAUGAUUUUUCAGAAUUUUUAAGUGGACUUGCUAAAGAACCUUUUUAAGAGACACCAAGUUUAAUGGAUCUACUUGAUGAAUUAAAGAAGGCAAUUUAAGAAGUUAACUCAAAGUUAAGAGAUAAAAUAAAUGAUGAUUAAGACAAAGGUCUCAUAAAGUUAAUCAAAACUAAGAUAAUUUCAAGCUUAAGUGAUGGACAAAGAGCUGUUGAAACAUAAAAAAAAGCGUUAGCUGAGUAUAAAGAAAAGGCAGCAAUCUAUAAAAAAUUGGAUUCAAAGAAAAACGACUUGUUAUAAAAAAAUGAUGAUAAACUAUUACAAUUAGAAAAACAGUUAUAAGAGGCUAAAAGGGAAAAAUCUGAAAAAGGUUAGACUUUCAAUUUUACAUAUAAAAAUUAUAUUGAAGAUAAAAAUGAUGAGUUAAAAGGACUUUUCAAACAUUUUUUCAAUAGAUUACUCUUGAUAUCAUCUGCUGGUUUAUAAUCAUAUUCAGCUGCUAUUCAUAAAAUACAUACUACUGAUGAAAAACAAGAAGUUUAAACUAGAUUAAGUAAAUUAGGCAUAAUAAAGCAUAAAAAAUAAUGA